AUGUCUGCAGAAGUUGAGUACCGGUGCUUCGUUGGUGGCCUCGCCUGGGCCACCGCUGAUGCGGAUCUAGAGAGGACGUUCUCACAAUUCGGCGAAGUUAUCGAUUACAAGAUCAUUAAUGAUCGUGAGACUGGAAGGUCAAGGGGAUUCGGAUUCGUGACGUUCAAGGAUGAGAAAUCCAUGAGGGAUGCGAUUGAAGAGAUGAACGGGAAAGAGCUCGAUGGACGUACUAUCACCGUGAACGAGGCUCAACGUAGCGGAGGUUAUGGAGGAGGCCGUGGUGGCGGUGGAUACGGUGGUGGUGGAAGACGUGAUGGAGGUGGUUAUGGAGGUGGUGAUGGUGGAUACGGAGGAAACAGCGGUGGAGGUGGUGGCGGAUGGUAA